UUAGGAUUGGCUGUCAGGAGUGUCCGGUCCGGCGAAGGAGUAGGAGGUCCGGGUCGCCAUAUUGGUUGGUCGUGCGAGCCUUCUGUCGUUCGCGGUGAGAGCUGAGAGCUGUCGUCUGCCCAGCUGAGCUGUUAACGCGCGCAUACGAAAAAGAAACGAGAAGAGAGAGAGAGAGAAAGAGAGAGAGGGAGAACGAGCUUCUCUCGGCUCGAUCGAAAUACGGAUUCCGAGGACAGCCACCGGUUCUUACCUCACUAAUCUAUCAGAAGGAACCGGAUCGGGACGGGACCGGCGCCGCGCGACGGCACACGUCGUAUCUUUUUUCUCUCUCCACAUUGCUGGUUGCGCUCGCGUUCCGCUGGUUACGGUUGGUGGUGUGCGCGCCUGUGUGUCUCCUCUGUCUGUCUACCGUUGUGUGUGUUAACACGUUGUUCGACGCUGUCGUCGAACCCGGAGAACAGCCUCUCGGAGCGACCAGGCUACUCCGGUCGUCGGAUCUAGCGGUGUGUGAGCUUGAAUAGAAGUUCGAGCGUGACAGCGGCGGCGGCGACGACAGUAUGGCGGGACAGACGAUAAACGACAGGCUGCUGGCAGCGAGACACAGCAUCGCCGGGCAGGGCCUAGCGAAAUCCGUCUGCAAAGCUACCACCGAGGAGAUGAUAGGCCCUAAGAAGAAACAUCUUGACUAUUUACUUCACUGCACGAACGAACCGAAUGUGUCGAUACCGCAGCUGGCGAACCUCUUGAUCGAACGAUCGCAGAACACAAAUUGGACGGUGGUUUUCAAGGCUCUAAUCACGGUGCACCAUAUGCUCUGUUACGGCAACGAGAGGUUUACACAGUACCUGGCAUCCAGCAACAGCACGUUUCAGCUCAGUAAUUUUCUCGAUAAGAGCGGCGUGCAAGCAGGAGCACGCACCGGCUAUGAUAUGUCACCAUUUAUCAGGCGAUACGCGAAGUACCUCAACGAGAAGGCCCUCUCCUAUAGGACCGUGGCGUUCGACUUUUGUAAAAUGAAAAGGGGGAAGGAGGUGGGCACGCUGCGCACAAUGAACGCUGAGAAAUUGUUGAAGACCCUGCCAGUGUUGCAAUCGCAGCUAGACGCGUUAUUGGAGUUUGAUUGUACAGCAAACGAUCUCACGAACGGAGUCAUCAACAUGGCUUUCAUGCUUCUUUUUCGGGACUUGAUCCGACUAUUCGCCUGCUACAACGAUGGCAUUAUUAAUCUGUUAGAAAAGUAUUUUGAUAUGAAUAAAAAACAAUGCCGGGAGGCUCUAGACUUGUACAAGAAAUUUCUUAUAAGAAUGGAUCGGGUCGGUGAAUUUUUGAAAGUAGCCGAGAACGUCGGAAUCGAUAAAGGAGACAUACCUGAUCUAACAAAGGCCCCAAGUAGUUUACUGGACGCAUUGGAACAGCAUCUUGCCUCCCUGGAAGGGAAGAAGGGCUCUGCGGCCAAUACGCCCACGCAAUCCGCAAGCAAUAGAACGAAUGUAAAGUCGGGAGUGUCCGCCCUGUCUUCCACCAGUACUGCGUUUGGAACAGCAGCCAGUAAUAAUCGUCUCGACCACACUGGAAAUGGACACAUCGACGAAGCGCUCAGGCAACAGGCCCUCGCCGAAGAAGAGGCCGCGAUGAACCAGUACAAGGCGAAGGUACAAUCUCCACCAGGUGGACCCAGCACAAACCCAUUCCUCAGUUCACCUACGAACAAUGCCGAUCAGCCGAUCGUGGAUUUAUUUGGCGCACCAACAACAGCAGCGAACAAUGAAGCUCAGAAAGCAUCGGACGAUCUGCUUCAACUGGCAGGAAAUCCGUUCGCGGAUAUGUUUGGUGCACCGCAGACUGCACCUGCCCAAGCCGCGCAGCCACAGAACAACAUGUGGAUGACUAAUGGUAACGGUUUCGCGGCAGUACCACCGGCAAAUAAUAACUUUGUUACAGAUAAUAGCUUCUCCUCCGUAUUCGGUAAUCAAGACUCUCAGUCUGCUGGUGCUCCAGGAACGUCCGGAUCCGUACCGAACCCAUUCAUGUCCGACUUUCCCAAUAUCGGUGGGCAAUCGUCGCAGCCGAACGCUUCCGCUUUUGGUAUGUUCGAUCAGCAGCAACAGGCUGCUGGUGGAGCAGAUGGAAGCGGGGUGAUCGGCGGCGACGGUCACCAAUUGGCGCAGACCGGAGACCUGUUCGGUGCCGGCGGCCAAUCGGACCUCUUUGGAGGCGACUCAGCGGUGUCCAUGACCGCGGAUGGGUCCGCCGGAGAUCCUGCCGGCGAGCCAGGAUCCUCGGUGAACCUUCCCAUGGGCAAGUCUACCGCCACGCCGCCUUCCAGACCGCCGCCCCCUGCAACCGGCAACGACGCUCCUAGACCCUCCGCGCCGGCGGGCCAAGGAGCGACGACCGGUAAACCCGGGUUACAUAGUCAAGGUCCCAACGCGCCUGGCAAGAGCGCUUUCGACGAUUUAAACGAUAGCAUUCGCAUGGCACUGGGCGGGUCCCCGUCGCGAUCGGCACCCUCUGUCGCCCAACAAAUUCCAACCGCGCAACAAGCACAGCAACCUCUGCAACAGGGUUUCGGCAUGUUCGAUAUGGCCGCUAAUAUACCAGCCACCGGGCAGCCUGUUAUGCCUGGUGGACCGAUGAUCGGCUACGGUAUCUCUAGCCAAGCCCCGGCUGGAUACGGUUCCCCGGCAAAACAGCCGAUCUCAGGUUUUGACGGUAUGGGCUCGGUCCUGAUGCCAGCCGCUGUAGCUGGAGAUAAUCAUAUUUCAGCAGCCGGGCAGCAGCCUAACGCGGCGUCCACGGGCAAAGUCCUGACCGGAGAUCUGGACAGCAGUCUAGCUAGCCUUGCCCAGAAUUUGACUAUCAACAAGAGCGCGCAGCAACAGGUCAAGGGAAUGCAGUGGAAUUCACCUAAGAAUGCUGCGAAGACUGGUGGUCAAGUCGGAUGGACACCUCAGCCUAUGGCAGCGACCACAGGCGCUGGUUAUCGUCCAAUGGGUCAAGGAAUGACGCAGCUUCCUCCAACUGCCCUGGCCUUCCCUAAUCACAACGCAGCGUUGGGAAUGCAAGUUGUCUCAACAAUGGUCGCGCCCUGCAGGAGGCCAGCAAUGCCAGUAAUGCCUGGCAGUCCCGGUGGCAUAAUGGUUGCAGGAGGAGCCGCGCCAAUGAUGAUGCCCAAUGCGAAUCCCAUGAUGGGUGCUAACCUUCAGCAGCAACCACAACUGCAACAGCAACAACCACAGACAGCUGCGCAACCACCGCAAAAUAACGCGGUCCAACUCGAUCCAUUCGGUGGUCUGUGAAGCGAUUAGGAGUUCGGGCUAGAACCGAGCGGACGAAGCACCAAUUCUGUACAUACUGUGUAAUAUGCCUAGGAAAUGUGCCCUGCUUGCUCUCGUUAUUCUACGUAAUGUCCGUGACGACCAGGCUCCCCGUUCCCCCUCAAAACACACGUGUCUGCAUGCUGUGGAUCAUCGUCAUCGAUCAACGGGAGACAACAUCAAUCCCAACGUUAACAUUUCUACAUAUGCUGAUCGAGUAUAAUCGCAUAUACGGGUUUAUUCGGUUUAACGGCGGUUGCCUUAACACGAGAAAUAUAUGUAUAGUCUCCAAUUGUAAACACGCUUGCAAAAAUUAUACACACGUAUAUGGACACACAUAGAGAAACUAACAAACGAACAAUUGUACAAGGCAACUAAAGCAAGAGAAGAAGAGAGAGAGAGAGAGAGAGAGAGAGAGAGAGAGA